GAUCUCGGCUAGGCUGAAUUCUGUCGCAAAUCAGGCGGAAAUACAGCGAUGAGAUGGAUGAGGAAACUUUGACAUCGAUAACAACAUGUCAUGGUUGCAAAACCACAUUCAGCCUGUGAAACAAGUUAAGAAUGGAUGUUCCUUACAGCAAAGAGCUCCGCUCUUUAUAUUCGAAACAACCCAUCAACCACAGUGAAAGAAAUAGUCAAGAGAUACCUGCGCUUGAUUAACCAAGAUGGCAUGAUUGACCAGGAUUUCCGUGUGAUUUUUGAAGACGACUGCUUAGCCGACAGCCUGUUUAUGAAAUGGCCUAAGUAUGCCACGAAGAUAAUGGAAUUUGCAGAGAAGACCGUUAAUUGGCGACAGCAACUGGAUAUUUCUGCAGAUCUGAUGACAGAUGAGCACAUACACAACGUAGCUCUCCAGGUUUUGCCUGUAUUGUUUCCAACCGGAAUUCAAGUUGAAAAACAAAGGAAGAAAAUGAAGCGAGCCACCCAAGAGGAAGCCCUCACGGCUUUUGUCCAGUUUGAGCCAAUGGGUACGAACUUACCGACUAUUCUGGAGACUAAGAAAGAGUACACCCAACCUCAUUUGCUGUGCUUGGGGGAUGAUAGGAGGAACCUGCAACAAACAUUUGUAAUUGUUGAAGAAAACGCCAUCCCUUGCCCGUCGUUCAUAAAGGGGGUCGACACGUGCUUCAAAUUGACCUAUGUAAUGGAUAUCCACUACCAGUGGCAAUGUUCCAAUACGUGGGACUUCCUCCAGAAAGUUGUGUAUGAGCUUGGUAAAGGUAAGGGGAGGGCGAUGUCCUCAUUGUCGGUGAUAGAGUUGAAGAACUACCUGUCACCCAGGAAAUGAUGUAAUUCAGCACUCUGAAGACGAGUCCUAUGGCUAAUUUUGGUAUUACAGGUUAUGUUAUUACCUGAAAUCAUAUUUUUUCAUUUCAUACACCUGUGAAUAAUAUGUCUUCCUUAUAAUGAAAUAAGUUACAGCAAUGAAU